AUGAAGGUCAACGUUGGUCUUUUUGUACUUUAUGUGCUGAUUCGUGGUGGCGAAUGCACCGACAAUGCGAAGCCCUCGGUGCUUUUAGACCGAGUUGUCAAUGCUCUUGGCGGAGCAGCGGCCCUGGGAGAUGUCAAAGGGCUCAGCUUGGAAUCUUCCCUAUUUAGAAGCCGAGCGUUGUUCCAGAACUACAAUCUUGCGGACAACGACCAAAUAACGGCAACAGCAGCGAAGCAGACCAUCUCGUUCCAAUUCAACAAGGAUGGAUUGAACCAACGCAUUGAUCGAGAUCUGACAUACGAUGAUUACUGGCGUUAUGCUCAUCCCACCCUAAAAAAUGACUACACGCUCGUGGUUCAGACUGGGUCGAAUGCAACCGCAUGCUUUAACAAAGGCGGCGCCGCUGACCACCCUGCUGUGCCUUGGGGUUACGCCGACAGCUACCUGACGGAUUACUUGGUGCACUCCGCCGAGCAGUCUGCUCUACUGGACGUGUUGAAUCGAUUCCGAGCUUCAAAGUCCGAGUUGACCUACUCCGUCACCCACAACAAAGCGUCGCGUGUGGACUAUCCAACGCUGUCACACCCAAAGCUCAACCUGCAGCUGCUUGUGCGAAAUGGAACAUGGCUACCAUACGCUGUUAGAUCAACUGAAGUUCACGGAGUGUUUGGCCUUUCGACAAACGAUAUUGUCUUCUCAAACUACUUCGACGUGAAGUUUGGACAAUCCAAAACCAUCAAGUACCCCAAGCUCAUACAGACGGUCUACAAUGAUGUUUAUAUCCUUGAGGAUAUGGUCGUUUCUAAUGCCACUGUAAACCCUGCAUUCCCCAAUGACUUCUUCAAGGCGGUGCCGCAGCAAGCUCCCCCCAAUGCUCCAGGCGACCCUUACCACUCCCAUCCUCCUCAUACGGACAACAACUACCCGCGGUCAGAAGUUCACGAAUUUUACGAGUCGGGACUCUGGUACGGACCUUUCGGCAUAAAUCUGAACACUUCUGCCGUCAAUGUGAAACCCGUCUUCCCAGGCGGCAAUGUCCCACAGAUCCAGAACCUCUGUGUUGGCGGCCCAGGCUACACCCAGCUCUUGAUCGAAUUCGACGACGGUCUCGUCAUCACAGACGCUCCCGCUCACAGAAGCAAGCUCAUCCUGCAGUGGGUCAAGGAAAACAAGAAGGGCAAGAAGAUCACUCACGUCGUCCCAUCGCACCAUCACCGUGAUCAUACAGGCGGCAUAGGCGACUACCUCGCUGCAGGGGCCAAAUUGGUCAUCCCCGAGGUCGCAAGAGACUACUACAGAAAGGUCAACAAUGGCAAGUUCGACGUGGUUACAUACUCACAAGAGAAGCCGUUCUUGAAGAAGGACAAAAACGUGCAGUUCAUGUCCUUUUGGCGCGAUGAGAAUCCCCAUGCCAGGGACUGGGUUUACUCGGUCGCCGGCCCGGCCUGUUCCAACUUUAAUAAGUCGGAAGUCGUUGUCUUUAACGCAGAUGUUAUCAACCCCAACUUUGGCCCUGUUCCAAAUUGGGAUACUGCAGAAGCUAUGCCAUUCUUCCUGGAUGUUGUCCGUCAAGGUAUUCCGAGAGAGGCCACUCUGGUUGGCACGCAUGGCGCGACUCCUCUUGGUUUGGGAUCGCAAGAUGCCCUUGCUCACUUGGCAGAUUUGGCUGGUUUCUCUUACCCGUCUCUUUCGGGUACUGAGAAGUGGUGCGGGAAGUAG